GCCACGGCCAGCCUCAAUACCUUCUCACAAAACAAGAGACGUUAUCGACGCCAUACAGCCAGCAAAAUGAGCAGUUCGCUAGAAGACGUCGGCGCUGUUUUCGAAUCACUCGGUGACCUCGAGAAGGAUUUUGCGCAAGUCGAACUCGAUGCUCUCCGAAACAAAGAGUACUCUCUGAAGCCAUUGUAUACGAAGCGCAAGGCACUGCUCGACCGAGUGCCUGACUUCUGGCCUACGGUAUUCGGUAACGGUCCCGAAGAAGUUCAGCAGUUCCUCUCGCCAGACGAUCUCGCCCUCAUUUCCUGCAUCAAGUCGUUUACCGUUGACCGACACCAAAUCGAGUCCGCAACGAAAGGUGAACCUCGCAGUCUGCGCUUUACCUUCGAGUUCGCCGAAAAUGAGUUCAUCGAGGACAAGCAACUGGUGAAAGAAUUUGAAUACAAGCCCCGAGAAGAUGGCCCAGGCAGUCUAGUAUCAAAGCCUAUCCCAAUCAAAUGGAAGAACAAAAAGAAGGACUUCACCCAUGGUUUGCUCGAUGGUGCGGUGGAGCUUCACUCUGCCGAAGAAGCGCUGAAGUUGAAGAACGGCAAGGAACAGGUCGAGCUCGUCGAUCGUGAGGCGUUGUGGCAGCACGAGAAGCUGCGCGACAAGAUGGUGAAGCUUGAUGAAAGCGACGAACAUGAACCAAGCUUCUUCAAUUGGUUCGGGUUCCGAGGCGCGGUGAACACGGCCGUCCCCAAGAAACCUGCCGACAAUGGAGCCAACGGCGCCGACGAUGAGGACGAUGACGAGGAGGUUGACCAAAUGCUGGAAGUCGAAAUCUUUCCAGCCGGCGAAGAGGUGGCCAUUGUGCUGGCCGAAGAGCUCUGGACAGACGCUAUGGAUUACUUCAUGUCUGCCCAAGACGACUUCCCAGGGGCGGAUGAGCUCGAUAUGGACGAUGAAGAGGAAGAUGAGGAGGAUGCUCCGGAGCUGGUGACCGCCGAGGAAGCCAGACCGAACAAGCGGCAGCGCAAGAACUGAGCUUCUGUUUUCUGUAAUGCCUUUUUCGGAUAUGUCGACAUGUACCAUCACCAGACGAGACCAAAAUUUGUCCACCUCUUUGUGACAGAUAGCUGGGUCAAAUGAUUAUCACUCUGUCUUG